AUGUCCGAGCGCCCAUUCGACAGUCUCUCGGAGGAGGAGAAUACUGCUGUAACAGCCCUUGAAAGUGGCCUCUCACAGGCACUGGAGAUCAAAGUAGAGCUCGCGCUGUCACCCAAGUGCACGAAAUAUUUCUUCUUCAAAGCAGACACUUUUUUGGAUGGGGAUAUGAUGGAAUGCGACAUGUCACAAACUGGACUUCUAGCAGAUGGUAGACUCAAGCUUUGUGUCUUCCCAGCAUUGUUCUCUGUUCCAGAGGACGGCGACGAGAAAGAGGAGGGCGCAGGAUUACGCUUUGGGGGGAAUCAUGGUGGUAUGACGGAGACAAAGCCUAGCGAGCUCGGAUCGCUUGUUGUCCUUGCAAAAGCGAGAGUCUUAUUUUAG